AUGCUGGCCACGGUUCACAUUCUUUCAUCGAAAUAUCAUCCCAACCAGUCAAUGGAAGCCGAAAAAAUUCCUAUCCAUCAAGAGAAAAUCGAGUUCAAUCUCUGCAGCCAGAUGAAGACUGUGUACAAUGCUCAAGGCAACAAGCAAGUGAAGAGGGUACCAACCAACUCAGCUGUCAAACUUGUGAAGCUCUUGCAUGACAUCCGGGCAUUCCUGGAUGAAAUGUACCCCUUGGAAAAGCGUACCCAGCUUGCGGAGGUUCUUCAAUCAUCCGAAGAUUUCUCAACGAUGGUGCAGAGCUGUUCGGAUACCGUUUCUGCUUCCAGAGCUACGGAGUCAGCACGGGCAUCCAAGUCGAAGACCAAGCCAAAAGCUCCGAACUGGAACCAACCAAAGCCCAAUAUGGGCGUGAAACCUCGUUCCAUUUCAGCCUCAGGCUCAAGGACUACACGACUGACUACCCGAGUGCUGCAUCCAUCAGUACCGGAGGAUAGGGAAAUUUGA